AUGGGGGAGGACCAAAGGACAGCUGCACUGGGUCGGACACUAAUCCUGUAUGGGGGAGGACCAAAGGACAGCUGCAUGGGUUAUACACUAAUUCUAGGAGGACGACGUAACAGAGGUGAUAGAGGUAACAGAGGUAAUAGAGGUAACAGAGGUAACAGAGGUAACAGAGGUGAUAGAGGUAACAGAGGUAAUAGAGGUAACAGAGGUAACAGAGGUAACAGAGGUGAUAGAGGUAACAGACUUAACAGAGGUAACAGAGGUGAUAGAGGUAAAAGAGGUGAUAGAGGUAACAGAGGUAAUAGAGGUAACAGAGGUGAUAGAGGUAACAGAGGUGAUAGAGGUGAUAGAGGUGAUAGUUGUAACAGAGGUGAUAGAGAUAACAGAGGUGAUAGAGAUAACAGAGGUGAUAGAGGUAACAGAUGUGAUAGAGGUGAUAGAGGUAACAGAGGUGAUAGAGGUAACAGAGGUGAUAGAGGUGAUAGAGGUAACAGAGGUGAUAGAGGUGAUAGUGGUAACAGAGGUGAUAGAGGUAACAGAGGUGAUAGAGGUAACAGAGGUGAUAGAGGUAACAGAGGUGACCGAGGUAACAGAGGUGACAGAGGUAACAGAGGUGAUAGAGGUGAUAGAGGUAACAGCGGUUCCCCCAUAUGCGCUAUAAAGAUAAACUCGGGCGCUCUUUUGUCCUCACUGGAAGAGUGUAGCUGGCAGCAGAUGGACCCUGAGAAUGACAGAUGGAGAACUGUCACGAAUGCCGCAGAGCAGACAUUUGAGGCCAGAAUGAAACGCCCCGGUAGAAGACAGACGAAGAAGACGUAAAGAAAACUGAAAUAGCCCCCCGGCGGACA